CAAUAGUAAAGUCACUCAAUCCAAUCCCUAAUAGAUUCUAGUAACAUAUUAAAAUGAACAUUAACCAGUAUCAGUUCUGCAUGUGAAAUCUUUUUUCUAUGAUUCAAAUCCAUUCUAAACCAGAGUGAAUGUUUUGUACUGGGAGAUAAACACAAAGUCGGAUGAUUUUGGCGCCUAAUUGUCAUGAAUCUCAUCCCCGCUAACACCCUCCUCCGCCGGCCGCCUUCUCUAUCACAGACCCACCCUCAUCCAUCAACAGUUAUGUUGCAUCUCUCUCAUAUUCUCAUCUCUCCGUUAACAAUUACCCCUUCCGUAAGCUGUUUUCGCCAUCCUCCUUAAUCGUCACAGCUACUUUUGCUAUCGUCCGUUAGGUUACCUUCCCUCAAAGCCCUAUUUGCCAUCACUAGGUUGAUUCGAGGUUUUGGCGAAAAUAUGUGGAAGAAAUCAGAAACAACUUGCACUUGGCGACAUAUAUUUUCUAAUUGCUAAUUGUGUCAUGUUAAGUGCAUAAACACCACAUGAGAGAAGUAUUGUGCAUAAUCCAUAGAAAUAUUGUGUCAGCUAUCAAUUUGGACUGUAAGUUGGAGCUAAAACCAAUUGUGCUGCUAGCUAAUUAAUGUUGAGUAUAACUACAAUCUAAAGGUACAUUGUUUUUUUUUUUAAAAUUUGACAAUGAUAGUCUACCAACAAUUUAUCCCCACACAUUUCCUUUGACAAAUUGUUUCAAGAUUAAUGAUAGUCUACCAACAAUUUUGUUGCUGUCAAACACUCUGUGACAUGCUAACAAAAGCAAAUAAUCUGAUGACGAUAAUGUAUACUGUUUAAAUAUGCACUUUUAAUUAUCAACACUCAGAUAGGAAAUAUAAAAGUAUUCAAGCAAUGCUUUGGAUUUUUGAUUGACAAUGCUGAUAAUAAAAUAAAAAGGUAUCUCAUAUGAAGCGCAGAAAAUUUUUUAGUCUGCACCCAGUUACACAAUUUCCACCACAGUACUUCUACUACAUUCUUGGCCUUUAUUAGUGGUAUCCUACAACAACUUGAUAAGCAAUGAGAAUUCCUGCAAUACUUCUCUUUCAACUUGUGUACGUUAACCUUAUUCCAAGAAACCUAAUAAUAUUCAUGCAAUUCCUGUAAACAUUAACACACAGCUAAGUCACGUAGUAUAAAAAUUUAACUUAAGAAACUGUAUGAAAUACUAGAAAACUUUUAUUAGUUGAAUUUUAAUAAUAGAAAGGUAGAAUUACCUCAAAAAUACAAAUGUACUAGAUGUAUGAAAUACUAGAAAACCAAAAGUGCACUAAGCUGGACACUUAAAUCCUUCUGGUGGAUGUUUGCCACAAUCAACUAGAAGCUGAAGAGCAAUGGGUAAAACAAGGUUUACAUUGAGAAGCUUGAGUUUGAUAGUGCUGCAGAGACACACAGCAGCAUCUAAAUCCGCAAGUCCUUGAAUCAACGGACAACACGUCUGUUUAGCACUACCACCAAUUCCAAUAUGUAUGAUUCCACCAAGUACAUCAACACAUGCACCCAAUUUCAAAGCAUCAAUAGGGCAUGUUGGUUGUGCAGGUGGUGGACAUGGAGAUCCACUAGGUGGUGUUGGUGGUGUCUUCACAGGCGGUGUAGGUGUUGGUGGACUAAUAACUGGUGGUUUUGGUGUUGGUGGAGUAGUUGGUGGCGGUUUUGGAGUUGGUGGUGUAAUCACUGGCGGUGUAGGUGUUGGCGGACUAACAACUGGUGGUUUAGGUGUUGGCGGUGUAACAACUGGUGGUGUUGGUGGAGUAGAUGUAGGCGGUUUUGGUGUUGGUGGUGUAAUCACUGGCGGUGUAGGUGUUGGCGGACUAACAACUGGUGGUUUUGGUGGUGUAAUCACUGGCGGUGUUGGUGGAGUAGUUGUUGGCGGUUUUGGUGUUGGUGGUGUAAUCACUGGCGGUGUUGGUGUUGGCGGACUAACAACUGGUGGUUUUGGUAUUGGUGGUGUAAUCACUGGUGGUGUUGGUGGAGUAGUUGUAGGCGGUUUUGGUGUUGGUGGUGUAAUCACUGGCGGUGUAGGUGUUGGCGGACUAACAACGGGUGGUUUUGGUGGUGUAAUCACUGGCGGUGUAGGUGUUGGCGGACUAACAACGGGUGGUUUUGGUGGUGUAAUCACUGGCGGUGUAGGUGUUGGCGGACUAACAACGGGUGGUUUUGGUGGUGUAAUCACUGGCGGUGAUGGUGGAGUAAUUGUUGGCGGUUUUGGUGUUGGUGGUGUAAUCACUGGCGGUGUUGGUGUUGGCGGACUAACAACUGGUGGUUUUGGUGUUGGUGGUGUAAUCACUGGUGGUGUUGGUGGAGUAGUUGUAGGCGGUUUUGGUGUUGGUGGUGUAAUCACUGGCGGUGUAGGUGUUGGCGGACUAACAACUGGUGGUUUUGGUGGUGUAAUCACUGGUGGUGUUGGGGGAGUAAUUGGCGGUUUUGGUGUUGGUGGUGUAAUCACUGGCGGUAAUGGUGUUGGCGGACUAACAACUGGUGGUUUAGGUGUUGGUGGUGUAAUCACUGGUGGUGUUGGUGGAGUCGUUGUAGGCGGUUUUGGUGUUGGUGGUGUAAUCACUGGCGGUGUAGGUGUAGGCGGACUAACAACUGGUGGUUUUGGUGGUGUAAUCACUGGUGGUGUUGGUGGAGUAGUUGUAGGCGGUUUUGGUGUUGGUGGUGUAAUCACUGGCGGUGUAGGUGUUGGCGGACUAACAACUGGUGGUUUUGGUGGUGUAAUCAUUGGAGGUGUUGGUGGAGUAGUUGUUGGCGGUUUUGGUGUUGGUGGUGUAAUCACUGGCGGUGUAGGUGUUGGCGGACUAACAACUGGUGGUUUUGGUGGUGUAAUCACUGGAGGUGUUGGUGGAGUAGUUGUUGGCGGUUUUGGUGUUGGUGGUGUAAUCACUGGCGGUGUAGGUGUUGGCGGACUAACAACUGGUGGUUUAGGUGUUGGUGGUGUAAUCACCGGUGGUGUUGGUGGAGUAGUUGUUGGAGGUUUUGGUGUUGGUGGUGUAAUCACUGGCGGUGUUGGUGUUGGAGGUUUCGGUGUUGGUGGUGUAAUCACUGGUGGUAUUGGCGGACUAACAACUGGUGGUUUUGGUGUUGGCGGUGUAAUCACUGGUGGUGUUGGUGGAGUAGUUGUUGGCGGUUUUGGUGUUGGUGGUGUAAUCACUGGAGGUGUAGGUGUUGGCGGACUAACAAUUGGUGGUUUUGGUGGUGUAAUCACUGGUGGUGUUGGGGGAGUAGUUGUUGGCGGUUUCGGUGUUGGUGGUGUAAUCACUGGUGGUGUUGGUGUUGGCGGAGUAACAACUGGUGGUGUCGGUGUUGGCGGUGUAAUCACCGGUGGUGUUGGUGGAGUAGUUGUGGGCGGUUUCGGUGUUGGUGGUGAAAUCACUGGCGGUUUUGGUGUUGGUGGAGUAGUUGUUGGCGGUUUCGGUGUUGGUGGUGUAAUCACUGGCGGUGUUGGUGUUGGCGGAGUAAUAACUGGAGGUGUUGGUGUUGGAGGUUUCGGUGUUGGUGGUGUAAUCACCGGCGGUGUUGGUGUUGGCGGAGUAACUAUUGGUGGUGUUGGUGUUGGCGGAGUAAUCACUGGAGGAGUAGGUGGAGUAGUUGUUGGAGGUUUAGGUGUUGGUGGUGUAAUCACUGGCGGUGUUGGUGUCGGUGGAGAAACAAUUGGCGGUGUUGGUGUUGGCGGUUUCGGUGUUGGUGGUGUAAUUACCGGCGGUGUUGGUGUUGGUGGAGUAACAACUGGAGGUGUUGGUGUUGGGGGCGUAAUCACUGGUGGUGUUGGUGGAGUAGUUGUUGGCGGUUUCGGUGUUGGUGGUGUAAUCACUGGCGGUGUUGGUGUUGGCGGAGUAAUAACUGGAGGUGUUGGUGUUGGAGGUUUCGGUGUUGGCGGAGUAACAACAGGUGGUGUUGGUGUUGGCGGUGUAAUUACUGGUGGAGUAGGUGGAGAAGUUGUUGGAGGUUUUGGUGUUGGUGGUGUAAUCACCGGCGGUGUUGGUGUUGGUGGAGAAACAAUUGGCGGUGUUGGUGUUGGCGGUUUCGGUGUUGGUGGUAUAAUCACCGGCGGUGUUGGUGUUGGAGGAGUAACAACUGGCGGUGUUGGUGUUGGAGGCGUAAUCACUGGUGGUGUUGGUGGAGUAGUUGUUGGCGGUUUCGGUGUUGGUGGUGUAACCACUGGCGGUGUUGGUGUUGGCGGAGUAAUAACUGGUGGUGUUGGUGUUGGAGGUUUCGGUGUUGGUGGUGUUAUCACCGGCGGUGUUGGUGUUGGCGGAGUAACAACUGGUGGUGUUGGUGUUGGCGGUGUAAUCACUGGUGGAGUAGGUGGAGUAGUUGUUGGAGGUUUCGGUGUUGGUGGUGUAAUCACCGGCGGUGUUGGUGUUGGUGGAGUAACAAUUGGCGGUUUCGGUGUUGGUGGAGUAAUAACUGGUGGUGUUGGUGUUGGCGGUGUAGGUGGAGUAGUUGUUGGUGGUUUCGGUGUUGGUGUUGGUGGAGUAACAAUUGGAGGUGUUGGUGUUGGAGGUUUCGGUGUUGGUGGUGUAAUCACCGGCGGUGUUGGUGUUGGCGGCGUAAGAACUGGUGGUGUUGGUGUUGGCGGAGUAGUUGUUGGAGGUUUAGGUGUUGGUGGUGUUAUCACCGGCGGUGUUGGUGUUGGUGGAGAAACAAUUGGUGGUGUUGGUGUUGGUGGUUUCGGUGUUGGUGGUGUAAUCACCGGCGGUGUUGGUGUUGGUGGAGUAACAAUAGGGGGUGUUGGUGUUGGCGGAGUAACAACUGGUGGUGUUGGUGUUGGCGGUGUAAUCACUGGUGGAGUAGGUGGAGUAGUUGUUGGAGGUUUCGGUGUGGGUGGUGUAAUCACCGGCGGUGUUGGUGGAGUAACAAUUGGCGGUGUUGGAGUUGGCGGUUUCGGUGUUGGCGGAGUAACAACUGGUGGUGUUGGUGUUGGCGGUGUAAUCACUGGUGGUGUAGGUGGAGUAGUUGUUGGAGGUUUCGGUGUUGGUGGUGUAAUCACCGGCGGUGUUGGUGUUGGUGGAGUAACAAUUGGAGGUGUUGGUGUUGGAGGUUUCGGUGUUGGUGGUGUAAUCACCGGCGGUGUUGGUGUUGGUGGAGUAACAAUUGGCGGUGUUGGUGGUGUAAUCACUGGCGGUGUUGGUGUUGGCGGAGUAAUAAUUGGUGGUGUUGGUGUUGGCGGUGUAAUUACUGGUGGUGUAGGUGGAGUAGUUGUUGGAGGUUUCGGUGUUGGUGGUGUAAUCACCGGCGGUGUUGGUGUUGGUGGAGAAACAAUUGGCGGUGUUGGUGUUGGCGGUUUCGGUGUUGGUGGUGUAACAACCGGUGGUGUUGGUGUUGGUGGAGAAACAAUUGGCGGUGUUGGUGUUGGCGGUUUCGGUGUUGGUGGUGUAACAACUGGUGGUGUUGGUGGAGUAACAAUUGGCGGUGUUGGUGUUGGUGGAGUAAUCACCGGCGGUGUUGGUGUUGGCGGAGUAACAACUGGUGGUGUUGGUGUUGGUGGUGUAAUCACCGGCGGUGUUGGUGGAGUAACAAUAGGUGGUGUUGGUGUUGGCGGUUUUGGUGUUGGUGGUAUAAUCACUGGCGGUGUUGGUGUUGGUGGAGUAGUUGUUGGCGGUUUUGGUGUUGGUGGAGUAACAACCGGCGGUGUUGGUGUUGGCGGUGUAAUCACUGGUGGUGUCGGUGGAGUAGUUGUUGGCGGUUUUGGUGUUGGUGGUGUAAUCACUGGCGGUGUUGGUGUUGGCGGACUAACAACAGGUGGUUUUGGUGUUGGUGGUGUAAUCACUGGUGGUGUUGGUGGAGUAAUAGUUGGCGGUUUUGGCGUAGGACCAUAUGGUGGUGUUAUUGGCGCAAUGGGUGGUUUAGGAAUAUGAGGUGGGCUCACCACAGGUGGAGUAGGACCAUAUGGUGGUGUUACUGGCGCAACUGGUGGUUUCGGUACGUGAGGCGGUUUCACAACAGGUGGAGUAGGACUAUAUGGUGGCGUUACAGGCACAACCGGUGGUUUAGGACCAUGAGGUGGUUUCACAACAGGUGGUGGAUGUUUUGGUACAUAAGGUGGUUUAGGACCAUGAGGUGGUUUCACAACAGGUGGCGGAUGUUUUGGUACAUAAGGUGGGUGCUUUGUGGGGGGUUUUGGAACGUGAGGUGGAUGUACUGUAGGAGGUUUAGGAUGAUGAGGAGGGUAAACAUGUGGCGGUUUUGGUGAUGGUUUAGGAGGAUGAUUCUUUGGUAGCUUUUCAACCGGGUGUUUAACAACAGGAGUGUGGUGCGUUGGUGGCUUAGGAGAUGGUGUAGGACAAUAAGGAGCAGCAAGAACAUUGAGUAAGGUACUCAAGUUUAAGAAAAGGAUUAAAACAUUGGCUAUAGCAUAGUUUGCCAUGUUUCAAAGAUUGUACUACUGCUGCAUGCUACUACUGCUUCACACUCCACUUACAAUAAAUGGGUGAGUUAAGAUGUUUAUAUAGUGCAUACAAAAUCUUGAAAUUUUGAUAAAUCUUUGUCGUGGGUCACAUUCAACACUGUGUUACACCAAUCAAUGUAGCUAAAUAACAAUACUGUAUAUUGGCACUAUACUGUUCAUUGUUUUUUUAUUGAAUCAUUUACUUGGAUCGACAUAAAAAUCACUGACUUGGAGUUAUAUGAUUGAAUGUAAUGGUUUCAGAGUGUAGGUUAUUGUUGCUUUAGUCAAAUAUGUUUAGUCUUAAAAAAAUGUUUAUACUGCUAGAAUUAUGAAAUUUGAAAAUGUUAAAGAAAUGUUUAUACUGCUAGAAUAGUAGAAUUAUAGAAUUUGAAAAUAAGUUUGGAUGAUAUAUUUUUAUCUUAUAAGCAAUAUGGUUGUAUAUCUGUCAUAACAUUCUUAACUUGUGUAUAUUCCAUAUGCUUGUGCAUUUCAUCAAAGGUGGAAAAGGAUUAAUCUAGUAGUGUUCCCAUUCAUAUGUUUCCGAAACCAACCACUUAAUUAAGCUUAAUGAAUUAACUUAGAUCUUAUUUACAAUCUUUAACAUAUAUGUAUUUAAGUAUUCAAGGAUUGGGAUAAUUUUUAUUGGGUUAUAGAGAGAAACACCACAUGAUACGAUCAGUUCAUAAGUGACAUGAAAGGGUCAUACGACGGAACGGACGGGUGCGAUGAGCCCAUGUCCAUCACAGGCCAAUGACAGAUUAGGUGUUUUUGAAAGGGGAUGUUUUGGACAAGGCUGCUGGAGAAAACCGCUCCUCUGAUUUAUGUGAGAAAACAUAUGUAGUAUGUACACGUCUUCGAUGAGGAGUUGCAGAAAGACUGAGACUGUUUUCUUACCACGAUGCUCCCUAAUCUUUGAAACUCAUAGAAUUGAUACAUUAAUUAAAAAAAUUUGGAUACAGAUAAAAGGUGUGCAAAAUAUUCGGUUAUGAUGACUAAAUUUAUAACUAGAACAAAAUCUUCAUUAAAUAUCCGGAUUUGAUUUAUGGUUAUAAACCGGUUUAUUUACGUACGAUUGGUUAUCCAACCAUAUUUUAUUUUUGAAUUUGGUUGAAAUCCAAUUAUCAUCUAAUGUCCAAAUUAAAUAAAUAUUUCAAAUUUUCAUUGUGCUAAAUAUUCACCCAUAUACGUUUUGUCCCCUCCCUUUUAUCAUAUAACUACAAUUUAUCUUCCAAAUAAAUAUUUAAUAUAUAGAUUUGUAAAAGGUUUUGCAGUGCUGUGUUUAAAAUCAAUAUAUAAUACAAUAUGUAAAAUUUUGAAAUGCGCUGCUGUGCUAAAAUAGAUAAUAAUGUGACAAUUUAUUUAUCCAUCACCUCGGGUGAGAAUCCCGCUUAAAACUCCAUAAUAUUCAUAACUUCGGAGAUGCAUCUCCAAAGUCAUUUUCCCCCAUAUUUUUUAGAAUUUGGAGAUGCAUUUUCGAAAACACUAUCUUUUGAGUGUUUUCGAAUAUGCAUAUCCGAAAUAAUCUAUUUUUAAAUGUUUUCGAAAAUGUAUCUCUGAAAACAAAAACUCUCCAAACUUCUUCUCCGAAACAACAACCCAUUUUUUCUUUUUCUCUUAUCUUUCUUCCAUUAUGGUGGUUGCAUCAAUUUGGUCAUUUUUCAAUUUUCUGUUAUCUUCUCUCUUCCAUUACGUUUCCAUUACGUUGUUUAAAUUUGGUCCUUUUUCAAAAAAUCAAUGCACUUUCACACUCAUCAUCAAACAGAAUUUCAUUCUUUUCAAAAAAUCAACUCAAUUUUGUACCUACCAAUAAACAAUAAACAUAAUUCAGAAAUAUUAGUUUUUAAAAAUGGAAGCAUAUGAAUUAUUACAAAUCAAAGCUGAUGGAGACUUUAAUCACUCCAUUGCAUCUAUGUUGUUUAAAUUUGGUCCUUCUUCUCCACUGCGCAUCUUCGAAGGCACAUUUUUUAUAUAUUUUUUGAAAGUGCACAUCUAAAAUUAUUAUUUUUUUUUCAAAAAAAUGUGCCUUAGAAAAUGCACUUUUGAAAUAUAAGGACGUUUUAAGAAUUUCGCGCGGAUUCUAAGAAGGUUGGGGAUGGAUAAAGAAAUUGUUUAAUAAUAUAGUAUUUUUUUUUACACGUCUUUUAAUUAAUGUUUUUAGCAAAUCAAAUAAAUUACAAUAAUUACAUCUAGUGCCUGUUUUACAAAAACUGCUAUUGUUAUUAUUAUUAUUUUUUUUAAAUUUGGAUAAUCUGUUGUAUUAAACAAAUUUGUGACCAGUAACUAAAUGUGGCCGUAACUAUUUUAAAGCUUACAUGAUGAGAUCUAUAACCGAAGUUUAAUAUUAUUCUAUUUUAUAACUAUUAUUUUUUAUUUGUAAUAAUAUUAUUCUAUUUUAUAACUAUUAUUUUUUAUUUGUAAUAAUAUUAUUCUAUUUUAUAACUAUUAUUUUUUAUUUGUAAUUAGUGGCAUUGUGCCUAAUAUGCUAUCAAAAUUUAUGUUUUAAAAGUUUCUAUGUUAAAAUUUCAGUUUUUAAUAUCAAAAUUUUUAAAAUCAUUUGUAGUUUAAUAUUUACUUAAACCUAUUUUUAAAACUAAAAAUAUUAAUUUUUGUGUAAAAUUUGACACUAAAAACCAAUUUUAACAAAUAAUCGGUUUUUAAACAAAUGAAAAACCAGUUUUUUUUAUCCAAAUUAUAAAUAAUCGGUUUCAAAAUAGUUUUUAAAAAGAUAACCAAAUUAAAAUUGAUUAUUUAAACAUAACCAAAUUUAUAACAAAUUUUGUAAUUAAUUUUGAUUGAAAUGUGAUUGUGGUAAUAAUUUUUAUCUAUUUUAUAGUUUAUAAAUGAAUAUGGUUUGAUUUAUAAAAAUACUCAAACAUACACACCCUUAAAUACAAGAGCUCUAUAGCUUUCUCUACUUAAAACACUAAUAAAAAUAUUUUUUAUUUUUAAAAAACAUGAAGUCCUAAAUAAGUUGAACAAUAUAUUGUAGACGUUCCACUUUAAUAUAUCAAUUUAUGUUCAAAUAACAUUAUAUUUUACAAUUUUAGUUUAACUUUUCAAAUAUUCACUAUUAUGAUUAUGAACACAUAAACGACUUUAAAGAUUUUCUGCUUAAAAUAAUAUCCCAUCCUUUCAUUUAUAAGUGGGCUGCAAUAUUACAAGCCUAUUAACUCCAAUCAGAGAACAAAUUGAUACAACUUAUGCUAUAAAACUAUAAAGUCACUUUUGGUUAAUAAUGACAAUAACAGCUUACUGUAUAAUCAAGUUUAAGAUUCCCAUCAUAUAUAUUUUUUGUAAGUAAUCACAUUUUUAGUGAACAGAAUCUAUCCAUUUUUGGAAUGUGUACAGCGCACAUGUAGAAAGAGAAACGGAUUUUAGUCUAAUAAUGUCUUAUGUGAUGUCGGUAAUAUCUUAACCUUGUAUGUAUCUCGAUGUCGGCUCGGAACUUCUUCAAUCAUGAGUUGGCUUUCAUAUGCAACAUGUCAGUGAAGUCUUUUUCUUAGUAAAAACAAGUCAAGUGAAGUUGAAAACUUUGAAUCCAGGUAUCUUAAAGUGACAACUGACGAUAACAUUAACAGAGUGUAUAGAUAAGAACUAGAUUCGUAAUUCUAGAUAGAUGCAUUUCUCUAAAUAUCAAAAUAUGGCCAUGAAUAUGAAAUCUAGCAUUAAGGUUCAUUUUAGAAACGUAUAUGUACAAUUAAAAUUUUAUGUUUGAGUUUAAUCGAGUCAUUCAUAGAUUUUCUCAUAAAAAAGACAGUAGUUGGAAGGUUCUUGAAAAAGUUUGUUGAAGCAAAAGUCGUAAUUCAAUUUUAAUUACUCAUAAAAAUAGAUUUAGAACCUGGAAAGUGUUAGGAAAAUGAAAAGUGUUAAGGUCAUUAGGGAUUAGGGCUGUUAAAAAAAAAUCUAAAAAUUGAACCGAACUGAACCGUUGAACUGAAUUGAAAUUAUUAUAACCGAACUGUUAUGUUUGGUUAAUGGGGCUCAAACCAUUAUGGACAAACAGUUCUAGAACUGAACUGCAACUGAAAUCGAACUGAAUUGAAACUGAACCCGAAUCGAACCAAAAUUGAAAAUGAAAAAUUCUUAAAACAAGUUAAUUUUUUUUUUUAUAAAAAAAUUGAAAAAUAGCGUAACGGUUAGGUUCUUUGAUAAAUGGUUCGGUUUGGGAAAAAUCGCUUCUAAUGGUUCUGUACGGUUCGGAAUUUUGAAACGGUGUACCAAAUCAAUAAUUUUGGUUAAGUUCGGUUCUUGAUAAAUUGAAACGGUUCGGUUCAGUUCGAGUAAAUUUUUACUAUGAUUUGGUUCAGUUCAGUUCAUUUUUCUUACGGACUGUAAUAUAAACAACCUUAAAGGUCAUGUUCGAAAAAGAUCAUCUUAAACUAGAAUUCAAAAAAACAAAUCUACUUUUUAAUAAUUAUGUUGGAAGCAUACAAGAAAAGAUUAAAGAAAAAGCAUUUUGUAUUUUGAGAAUUGCAUUUGUAUUUUGAGGUAUAAUCGCAAAAUACGUGUGUUUGGAUUGGCGGUGGACAUAAUUGAUUCUUGUAGAAUUGAGUUUGGUAGAAUUGAUUCUAUCAGAAUUGAGUUUAGCAGAAUUGAUUUAUGUUUGGAUACAUUUAUGUAAAAGUGAGUUGAAUAAUAAAUUUCAGUGUAAAAAACAUCCAGAAUCAAUUCUGGAGGCAAAAGCUACAAAUUCUAGCUUCAAGUAGAAUCAAUUCUGGAGACAGAAUCAAUUCUACUUUUGCCUAAACAAACAUCUUUAAAUCACUCAAAAUCAAUUCUACAUCUAUAGAAGUGCUUUUGACCCUUCCAAAAGCCAAACCAAACAUACAGGUUCUAGAGCUUUGUUUAAUUUGACAUUUAGAGAUUUGACCUCUUUUUACCAAACGUGGCAAGUCUCGCAACCAAAUCAAAUCAAGAGUGUUUUUCAUUCUCAUCUUUUACCUUUUGCAUUGAUGAGAUAAAUGAGAGCUAAGGUGAAAUUUAGGCUACCAUGCUUGAAACUGCUUCUAUCACCAAACAACCAUAAAGCCUUCAAAGAAGUAAAAUGAAUAGGGCUUUGAAGGAGGGAACUGAGUCAGCACCACAACUUUCUAGUAAACAUGAUAUCAAAGAAAAGAUACAACCAACGCGGUUUUUUUAUUUAUUGAAAAUUUAUCAUGUUUUUUAAUAAUAAGAUACAACCAAUCAUUUAAGAAAAAUGUUUAGUAAGAAGAAACAUGAAAACAAGAAAUGUAAGAAUAAAUCUCAACUAUUUAUUAUCACCAUAAUCUCAACUAUUUACCUCUAAAAUAAUGACAUGUAUGUAUUUUUGUCUUUCUUCUUCAAUUUAUUUCGUACUAAAUAACAUUACUCAUCAAUUUAAAGGGUUAACUCCGGCCACUAGGCUACUUGACAAAAAAAAU